CCGAACCGGUGUAGUGUCCAAGGGGGGGCUGGAUCCCGUCGGCUGGUGAGAUGGUGUGGUAUCCAUGAGCCAUCGAUCAUCAUCCCAAUUUUCUUCUUCUUGAGGGGAAGACUUUAUCUUAAACGGGCUUACCACCGCCACAGGCUUUCCUUCCCACACCGUAGGCAACUUAAAUUUCUGUAGACUCAUUUCUUCUUACAAAGUGUUUGCUAACAACUGACUUCUCUCCGCGCGUUCUACAAUUUAAGCACAUAUUUCCAAGGUCAUCCCUUCUACAUCUCAAAGUCGUUCACUCCUACAAGGUCACACCCACUCAAGGUCGUGAGUGUUCGAGGUCAUAUAUGUUCAAGGUCACACUUCAAGGUCACUCGGAAACUCAAGGUCAAACUUCAAGGUCACACUUCAAGGUCACACUUCGAGGUCACUCGAAAAACUCAAGGUCACACUUCAAGGUCACUCGGAAACUCCAGGUCACGUUUCAAUGUUACAUUUCAAGCAUGGCACCGAAGGUCAGCUCUCAAGGUCGUUUGGCACCGAAGGUCGGCGCUCAAGGGCGUCCCAGAACAUACAAACCCUAUCCACUUAUAAGAUAUGUUGCGUUCACGUUCCCGACUGACCCAUUUUGUGACUUUUUGGUAAGAAUACCCCUAUACAUGGUAAUUAUAUGUUAA